CACACACACACACACACACACACACACACACACACACACAUACACACACACACACACACACACACACAUACAGACAGACAGACAGACUUGCUGCAGUGCUGUUUCAGAGACUGUUCGAGCGUCUGCGGUCGUCAUGCACAGGUCGUACCAGCCGAUAAAGCCCGUCACCAACCGCUACCUGCAGCAGCGAUGGGACAUCACCAACUACGAAAACCACCGCAGGAAGGUUAGCUCUGCUCUGCCAGUAGUGGACAACAAGGGCAUGAAGACUCCAGUUCACAUCCAGCUCAAACUGAAGAAAAUACAGCUGCAGGACGAGCGGCUGGCCAUCAUCGACCGAGACAACCGCCUCCUGGCCUCCAAACUGGCCGACAUCGUUUGCUCUCGCGGUUGGGUGGACCAUCACAACCACUACGAAAAGAGGAGUCUGAACGCCUUCAAGAGGCGGGAGGAGCUUCUGCUGAUCGGGCGUCAGAAUCAGGCCAUGCACCAGCGAAUCAUGUCUCGCCAGUCCGAGUACCGCCGUCAGCAUUGGGUGGAUGACUGGGAGAGGGCAGAGCAGUUGCGGGAAAACAUUACCCACUACCCCCGAGGGCUCGCCGACAGACAGCGGUCACAAAGGAAGGUGAAGUUUGCAGCCGGGAUGGGCAGCGAGCGGGGGACGAGCUGCAGCAACAAGGAUACCGACAGGACUGACACCGACAGAACCGACACCGACAGGACCGACACUGAGAGAGAAACCUGAGACACAAACUGAACUAACAUUAAAUGUGUCCUUACA